AUGGCAAGUCCCGGCUUACAGCAGUGGAAAGUGGACAAGCCUUGGCUUGAGCUAAAAUGCGCACUUGGGGAGGGGCCGUUUUACGAGAAGGAGACGAACUCAGUGCGCCUCGUUGACAUUAAAAAGAGUCAGAUACUUACUGUAUCCGCUGCUGAUAAGGGAGAUGGUUCCUCUCUGAGAGUGAUUCAGCUGGAUACGCGCCCAACCGUCACAGUCGAUAUUGAGGGAGUGGACCCUCAGGAUCGUAUCCUGAUCGGUGUCAAGCAUGGAGUCGCUGUGCUGGACCGCCAAGCUGGGACGUACGCAAUGCUUGUGCCGUUCAAUGAACAAAAUAACGAGCGCAUACGAUCCAACGAUGGAGCGGCAGACCCUCAUGGAAAGCUGUGGCUAGGAAGCAUGACUGACAUUGAGUACGGAGAGCCCCAGCCCGAAGGAUUUCUUGCGCGCUUUGGCUCGCCCAAGUCUAGAGAGGAUGUGCUGACGGGCUUGAGCAUUCCCAAUGGGAUUGGUUGGUCACCAGAUAACAAAACGAUGUACUUUACGCACUCCAAAUCUCGAGAGGUGUUUGCAUUUGACUACUCUCUCGAGACUGGAGCUGUCAGCAACAAACGCCUGUGGUACCAGCAUGAAGGACCAGGAGAGCCUGAUGGCUUCCGUGUUGACGUGGAUGGGAACGUGUGGCAUGCCAUUUGGGGCGAGAGCACGGUGCUCAAGAUCAACCCCGAAGGUAAGGUUAUUGGAAGCGUAACUUUACCGACAAGGCACAUCACCUGUGUGCAGUUUGUGGGUACAGAGCUCGUCAUCACUUCAGCAGCGGACGACGAGGGCAAUGAUCUAAGUAAGAAGUAUGGCGGCAGUAUCUUUAAGCAGCAGCAGCAGCAGCAGCAGCAGCAGCAAGCAUUCGCCCUAACAACUGCAGCUUUAACGCCGACAUCGCAUUGGUUACGAGCGAGAGGAGCCUGGAGUGUGAGUAGGAACCCCCUUCAGACGUCAAAGCUCAAGAACCGGUCAGCAGCAGAGGAAGCUGGCAAGUAUCUGGUCAAUGCAAAGCCUGGCUCAUCCCAGCCAUCAUACGAUGCUCUUGCUAGCAUAAACAGCCUUUGA